AUGUCCGUCGUGUCGCUGUUGGGGGUCAAAAUCCUCAACAAUCCCGCUGCUUUCACGGCCUCAUACCAAUUCGAGAUUACGUUUGAGUGCUUGGAACAGCUUCAAAAAGACCUGGAGUGGAAGUUGACCUACGUCGGAUCUGCUACAUCCUCUGAAUAUGAUCAGGAACUCGACUCCCUCCUGGUCGGACCAAUUCCCGUCGGUGUCAACAAGUUCAUCUUUGAGGCCGAUGCCCCCGACUUGCAACGCAUCCCUUCCUCUGAGAUUCUGGGCGUCACCGUCAUUCUCUUGACUUGCAGCUACGAUGGACGAGAGUUUGUUCGCGUGGGCUACUAUGUCAACAACGAAUACGACUCAGAGGAGUUGGCUGCGGAGCCCCCAGCCAAGCCUGUGAUCGAGCGCAUUCGCCGUAAUGUUCUCGCAGAGAAGCCCCGUGUCACCCGCUUUGCCAUCAAAUGGGACUCUGAGGAGUCUGCUCCUGCUGAGUAUCCUCCUGACCAGCCCGAGGCUGACCGCCUCGACGAUGACAGCAACACCUACGGUGCGGAGGAGGCCGAACUCGAGGCCGCCCUCGUCAAGGAGCUGGAAGAGGCCAACAAGCAGGGCGAGGAUCAGGAGAUGGAGGGAGGUGAAGCUACGGCCGGUAAUGAUGAUGACGAUGUGUCCGACGCGGGCAGCGAGGAUCUGGAAGAGGAGAGUGACGACGACGAUGACGACCUCGACGAUGAGGAAGCCGGUGAGGGUGACGAGGAUGUUGAGAUGGGGGAUGACUCGGAGCAAAAGGACGACUCAGGCAAGCCUCAUCAGGCCCAGUCCGAGGUGAUGGUGCACUAG